AUGAGAGUUAAACCUGAAAUGGACGACGACGAAAAGGGAAAAUUAUUUGUUGGAGGUUUGUCAUGGGAGACGACUCAAGAAAAUUUGCAACGAUACUUCAGCCGUUAUGGCGAAGUUAUUGACUGUGUGGUUAUGAAGAACAGCGAGUCCGGUCGCAGUCGUGGCUUUGGAUUCGUCACCUUUAGCGAUCCCGCUAAUGUUGCUCUGGUUCUUCAAAAUGGACCCCAUCAAUUGGACGGACGGACUAUCGAUCCAAAACCAUGUAAUCCACGUACAUUACAAAAACCAAAACGAAGUGGUGGCUUUCCAAAAGUAUUCUUGGGUGGUUUGCCUAGCAACGUGACUGAGACAGAUUUACGACAAUUCUUUUCACGUUUUGGCAAGGUCAUGGAAGUUGUAAUCAUGUACGACCAAGAGAAAAAGAAAUCAAGAGGAUUUGGAUUUCUGAGCUUCGAAGACGAGGAAGGAGUCGACCGUUGCGUAGCUGAGCAUUUCGUCAACUUGAAUGGAAAACAGGUUGAAAUCAAGCGUGCGGAGCCACGUGAUUCAUCAAGCAAGAUGAAUGACGGUCACCAAGGACAAUGGGGCCAUCAGCCUCAGCAAGGUGGCCCGCCAAUGGGUAUGGCCGGUAACAUGGGCCCCAUGGGUGGACCUAAUGGUCAGAUGGGAGGUCCGAUGAUGGGAGGCCACAUGGGUCCACCCGGCAACAUGAUGCAAGGGUACCAAGGAUGGGGCACUAAUCCUCAGACUGGUGGUUACGCUGGAUACAGCACUCAGUACAACGCUCAAGGAUGGGGUGCUCCACCAGGACCUCCUCAGCAGCAGCAGAUUCCUCCACCGCCACCUCAUCAGUGGGGAAGCAGCUACAACGUCCAACCAGCAGCUGCUACUCAGGGUUACGGAAGCUACGGUGGGCCAGCGGCGGCCGCAUCAGGUGGUUAUGGGCCUACAGCCGGUACAGGUGGAGCUGCGGGUGGUGGUCCCGGGGGUUCAUGGAACUCUUGGAACAUGCCCCAAAAUGGGCCGCCUCCAGGUACCCAGCCACCACCCCAGCCCCCUCAGCCCAACUCCUCGCAGCCUAACUCCAACUCAAAUCCCUCUGGCCCGCAGGGUGAUAUGUACUCGAGACAAACAUCUGGGUCAGGCGCACCAGGAUCAAGCAGCAGUUCAUCCAAGAAUCCAGAUUAUAGCGGUUAUAGCGGGUAUACUGGUAGUUUCGCCGACACGAGUUAUCCUCAGCGUUCUUAUCAGGGUGGCGAGAGCAACCAAGGUGGGUAUGCCGCCAGUGCUCCUAAACCCGGUCAACAAGGCUUUGAUUACAAAGAGUGGCCCGCCUCAUGA